AGGACUUAUCUUACUCAACAUUUCAUUGUAUUUGGCAUGUAUGUUAAAUUGUCUUGUCUUCCUGAACAGAUCUGUAACAUGGUUGCAGUUCUUGAUGUUAUCACCAAUUUGGAGAAAUACCCUAUCACCAAAGAAGCACUUGAGGAAACCCGCUUGGGAAAGCUGAUUAAUGAUGUGAGAAAGAAAACAAAGGAUGAGGACCUUGCCAAACGUGCCAAGAAACUCCUGCGGAACUGGCAGAAGCUGAUCGAGCCCGGCCAAAGUGACCCCCCGGCGAGAGGAGCGCCAAAUGUCCCGGGUUCUGCCAAUGGCGGUGCUCACCCCUGCCGGACAGACACUCCUCCAGCGGUGCCCCCUCCAAGCAAGGUCGCUCCCGAGCUCAAAACUAGAAAUGACAUCCAUAACACAUACUCGCCAAAGUCUGAAAAAUCCAGCGGCCGAAAACGGCGGGGGGAGCAAAGGGAUAGUCCACAUCUGCCGGCCAAAAUGACAAAGACCCUUUACGAGCCAAUGUAUUCCUCUUCCCCACCAUCCAAUGGAAUUAGGGGGAGCCCUGAGCCACUCCUGGAUAAAGAUGAUGACGUACCAUCUGACAGAAUCCGCAUGGAACAUCUUGAGAAUGACAGGCACAACAAAAUUCCUGUCAACGCUGUGAAGCCUCAUCCGAGCUCUCCGGGGCUUACCAAACUACCUAGCACUUCCUCCUUACUCAAAACAUCAGUGUUACAGCAGCAUGCGAGAAUGGAUGGAGGCGGGCAGCAUCAGCCCAAAAGCCCCCGCUACUCCUCGAGUCCGCGCAGCGUAACGCACGAGACGAUGGCCAAGAGGUCUUCGACAUAUGCACCAAAAGGGACUCUCUCGAGCCCGGCUCAGAAUUCAGCCCAAGUGCCCUCUCCUUUGCCCACGCUGCAGCCUUUAACGUCGCCGGCCCAGGCGUGCAUCAGCGACGGCCCGUCAUCUGUGGGGCUGGAAGGCUCGAUGCACUUGCACAGAUCGACGGAUAGACUCUCCCAGCCCCCAAACAGCACUGCAACACUGGAGCCGCUCUCCGACUCCCCGCUCGCCACACACAGCUUGGAGGAGCGGAGACCAAGGGGCGAGAGGGAGGGAGCCACCUCCAACUCGGAAGGCAAAAAGCGGAAGAAAUACAGACCCAGAGACUACACAGUAAAUCUUCAGGGGCAGUCCUCGGAGGACAUGACCAAACCAGUGCGGUUAAAAGAUCGUAGGUUGACCUACGACCCGGUGACCGGACAGAUUAAGCCCCUCACUCCGAAAGAAUCCCACCACGACAUAGAGUGCCAAGGCCCGCCAAUCGCAGAGCCUUCGGCGAGGACUGAGAUGCCGCCGCAAAAGACCCCUACGUCGGUUCCCAACCCCUUUCAACAGACGAACUGGGAAGAUCUGCCCAGAAACGAAAUCAUUCAAUCGUACCUUAACCUUCAGAGCAACGUUCUCACAUCCUCUGGAGCACAGAGCCACGGGGCGCACAUUUUCAUGACUAAAUAUUUUAAGCGAGAAGAACACGACGUCAAAGAGUCCCGGAAAACGCAUGCGUUAGUAGCGAGCAGCUCCCCGACAGAACUACCCGGGGUGACCCGGGAGGUAACGAACGAGGACCUUCUCAGAAUACACAACGAACACUGGCCGGGCGUGAACGGUUGUUUUGACACCAAGGGAGCCUGGUUCGAUUGGACAGAGUGUAUAUCGUUGGAUCCUCACGGCGAUGAAACUAAAUUGAACAUCCUGCCAUAUGUUUGCCUAGACUGAGAGAACAGGGCUUGGAAGAGUUUUCAAUGUUCCCACUGUGAGUCGAAGGAGAUCAGAGCGACUCUCCUCGUCACUCUGUAAUAGGUUCAUCUUACAGGUGUAAAGAACGAACCAACGGCGGUUGUUCCGAGUUUGGUUUUCCACAAGAAGGAGCUGAAGUGGCGUCCUGUUUGUAAUGUGCUGCUACCAACAAGAAUUUGCAAACAAGGGUUGUAUAUAAUGGCUCGCAGGGAUUUCACUGGGCCAGUUCUUGCACAACGUGUGAAUAGGAGGGUCUGAGCAAGCAUUGAGCAGUACAGAUAUGUUUAAAAGCAAGUCGAGAACAUUUUUUGGCAGUUACAAAAAAGCUUUAUGUGACAAAGAAUAAAUUAUAAAAGUUUCUUAUCA